CUUCCUUGCCUUGCUCCUCCAUGGUCUUUCUCAGUUGUGGGUGUUUGGCAACACCUGGAGCUUGGGUUGAAGCUGCCACCAUCAUUUCCAUGUCACCUUUACCUGCAGCAUCUGAGACCAACCAGCCCCAACCCCCAACAAUGGCAGGUAAUGUAUUCAGGAUGUUUUCCAUGUGUUUAUGUGUGCUGCUCUUUUAGAAACUGUGACAGAGUCUGUUCUCAGCACACCUUCCCCAGCUGAAACCACAGCUCAAAAGGUGUUGUCCCCUCAUGCAGAAGUCAGCCCUGAUCCUACUGAGCAGACAGUAUUUACCUAUAAAAGUGACAUGCUGUUCAGCCAAAUCGCUGGGGCACACAUGGACUCACCAACAGAUCCUGGCAAUUGCAAACACAGCCCAAGCCAGAAUUAAAAGAGAAGAACAGAAGAUUAAGCUCCUAUCAAGAGGUAAUUAAAGCUGGGAGAUAAUGAUGACAAUCACAGAGAAUCAAUGAGUACAGGGAUGUUUGCCCAACAAAUGACUGUCGUUAGAGACAGAAGCAGGAAUUAUUAUCCAUCAGCAGAAAUAGUCCAUCCAAUAGCUGUGAAUGACCCCGUCAGUAAUUAAAGGGGCAUUCCAGCCCCUCUGAAUUGUUUGCUGUUAAUCAUGAUUGCUCAUAUUCAUGGCUUUACCCAAAUAAUUGCUCCUGAUAAGGGCAGCAUAUUUAUAGGGGUCCAUGAGAGGAGUGGGCCAGUGGAGCACCAGCGGCGAGCCACGAGCGACCAGCUGGAGGAAGGCAGGUGUGUUCUGUAUUCCAGAUACGGCUCCUGUGUGAUCCCUGGGGAAAGCUUUCAGGAGAGGACAUGGUUUCCAUGAUGACAGCUCUGUGGCAGGUCAUUAUUCCCAUGAUUGUGCUGUCCCACUUCUCAGCAUCUCUGCCAUCCCGGGAGAGUCCCCCCAGGAUGGAGAGACAUGCCGACGGGCUGUUCCACAGCGAGCUCAGCAAGAUGAACGGCAACGCCUACGUGAGGCAGCUGGUCAAGCACCUGGUGGGGCUCAAGGAUAGGUCCCAGAGGCACUCGGAUGGGCUGUUCACCAGCGAGUACAGCAAGAUGAGAGGGAACGCCCAGGUGCAGAAGUUCAUCCAAAACCUCAUGGGCCGCAAGCGCAGCUCUCCUGGCCCAGUCAACACAGAUAUGCAGGAGAGAGAGGGAGAGGACAGCCCUAAGGAACUUUGCUUUCUCUGGCUGUACCAGAGCUUUCUGAACACCAGCCACUCGGACAGAGAUGCCCAGGAAGCUGCUGCCGUCACCAGCCAGUACCUUUGCCCCAUCUCUAAGCUGCUGGUUGCAGACAUGAAGGAAGAUACAGACGGCUCUGACUGAAGGUGAAGGGAAAAAACCAACCAAGGAGAUGGCUUUGCAUGUGUAUGGCCUUGACAAUAAACAGGGAAGCUCCUGAAUUUAUUUAGGAAAAACUCUUGAGAUUGGCAAAUAAAUAAAAAUACUCCUGAAAAGCAGCCAAACUCCAAUGAAACCUCUUAGAUUGCCCAAAGUGAAAUGUGUGUGGGUGUGAACUGCUGUCAGUAGAUGGAGCCUGGGUGAAGCACAUCCCUUCCACUGCGUGUUGGCAUCUGGCUGCCUGCUGCUGGUCCCAAAUAAAGAUUGGUUAGCUGUGCCUGUGCCUUGGCUCCUCUUCGGGAAACUGGAAGAAGGGUGGUAGCUUUACCCUUGGAA